GCUCGAGUGCGCUCCCGACAAGAGGAGAGCACUUUACCAACGAUUGACGCAGCUGCGUAAAAGGACAGUUGAAGUAUUCAGUCGCUUUUCUUGAUACUUACAUCAACCAUUAACAGUUUAUCCCAGUUCUGCUGUAUUAGAAAGCGUUUGACAUUAAACAGAAGGCGCAGGAUGGAGCGCCCAACUGUGACCGUCAGCGAUUUCUCUUUGAUUGUGGGCAACACAAGCUUUAUGGAGGAAGCAGCGAGACUUGUGUCGAACAUGAGCCGAGGCGGUGAGCAGAAGGUGGUGAGGGGCAGUGCUGCGGUCGCUAUAGCUGUGUGCAUCACCGUGCUCUACUCCGUUAUCUGCGUCGUGGGGCUGUUCGGAAACAUUCUGGUUAUGUACGGUGUGGUCAGAUACACAAAGAUGAAGACAGCCACCAACAUUUACAUCUUUAAUCUGGCUUUGGCAGACGCUUUGGCGACCAGCACUUUACCGUUCCAGAGCGCCAAAUAUCUCAUGAGUACCUGGCCUUUUGGGGAGCUCUUGUGUAAAGUGGUCAUCGCUAUCGACUACUACAAUAUGUUCACGAGUAUUUUCACAUUGACGAUGAUGAGCGUGGACCGAUACAUCGCCGUGUGCCAUCCGGUGAAAGCCCUGGAAUUCCGCACGCCCGCCAAGGCAAAGAUCAUUAAUAUCUGCGUGUGGAUUCUGUCAUCGGCUGUUGGCAUCCCGGUAAUGGUCAUGGCUAUCACUGUCACUGACAAAGGAAAAACCAUCUGCAUGCUAAAAUUUCCGGACCCAGACUGGUAUUGGGAUACCGUCACCAAGAUCUGCGUCUUCAUUUUCGCCUUCGUGGUUCCCGUCUUGGUCAUCACCGUCUGCUACGGGCUGAUGAUCAUUCGCCUCAAGAGCGUGCGCUUGCUCUCCGGCUCUAAAGAGAAAGACAGGAACAUGCGGCGCAUCACUCGCAUGGUGUUGGUGGUGGUGGCGGCCUUCAUCAUUUGCUGGACCCCCAUUCAUAUCUUCAUCAUCGUCAAGACUGUGGUGGAGAUCGACAAAAAGAAUCUGGUUGUGGUCGCCUGCUGGCAUCUUUGCAUUGCUCUGGGCUACAUGAACAGCAGCCUGAACCCCGUCCUGUACGCAUUCCUAGAUGAAAACUUCAAGAGGUGCUUCAGAGAUUUCUGUUUGCCCUUUCGUUCCCGCAUGGACCAGAGCAGCUUUUCCAGAGCCCGUAGCGUCACCAGGGAGCCCAACACGGUCUGUGCCAAGACAGUGUCAAGGAAGCGGACCACCUGACUAGACCUGGACCAGAUGCCUUCAAGUAUAGAAGCAAGUACGCAGAAAGACCUACAGACUGAGGUCACUCAGAUUUCUACCACCGAGUUUUAGAAACCAUCUGAGGUUAAACAGCAAGCGUAUACAGAAGGCAAAUGGUCUUUUUGGACAAUCCUUACUAUCGCUCAUUAUAACUGACAAUUGUUUCUCAUUCCACUCUUAUCGGAGUGGCAAACUCUGUGAAUGGCUCUAAAAUGAUCUCCUAAGUGGGGGAAAUAAGAUAGGUUUGGGCCAUUAUGGUUGCAAACAUUGAUUGGAUGGACAUCAAAGCCGAGACCUUAAAUGGUCAACAGGAAGUCAACAUUCAUUAGUGGUACAUGAGCCAUCAAACUGGAAUCUUCUAAUCGCAUUUCAAAAUGAAAUUUUCAAUUUUCAUUGAAAGUGGGGGACCAUGUAACUGAAACGACGUUAUUGUACUGGUCUAAGAUCACCGAUUCCACAAAUUGAGUUUCCAAAACGGCUAAAGAAGCGGCAAGAUGGAUCUUUUCAUUUAAAGAGACAAGCACGCUCUUUUCACCGAACAUUCAGUCUCUGUUUAGCAAAAUGCACUGAAGCCAUUUCCCUCAACGAAUGACUUCAUUAAACCCGAGGAUAAAGAAAUGUGGAGGAGGUUGCAAAUUAACGGUCACGGAUUUGAAUUCUCAAUCAUUUUUUUGCAAUGCUGUCUAGUGGCUUCUAUAUGGAUAACAGGGUUAACUCCCUCGGGAUGGCUGUUUAUACUGUUAUACGGGUUCAUAACACUGUUUUUGUUCCUUGAUAAGUUGUCAUUGUAGUGAAUAUGUGCUACUUGUGAAGGAUUUUUAUGAUCACUAUGAACUACAACUGUUUGGAGCAGUGUGCUUUAUGAAUAUGGUAAAAAGGGUUCUUGUAUAUUUCCCUAGCUUUCGCUUACUUGUUAAGUAUUCUAGUGUAACAAUUACAUCAUUUCCUUGCCGUUAGUGGUAUACGGCAGCGUUCUUUAAGUGUUUUUUUAUCUCAAACUUAAAAUGACAUUUAACACAUAAUUCUGUAACAAUUGAGUUUGGUUCUAAAUAUCAGCUUUUCGGUAAAAGAUUUAGCUUCUUGAGAGUUCAGCUUCAUUAAGACGUUUUGUGUGUUAGCGACAGUGACCGUUGCUGUGGAAAAACAUAUGACGUAUAUUUUUAACUGUUGGAUAUUCCAUUGAUGAGCUUUUUUAUGUAUGCAAGCCAAUUAUUACAGAACAGUGUCUAUAUUGUGAGAGCUGAGCGUAUUAAUAUAGUUCUGUAGAAUCUAAAAUGAUUUUAAUCUGGUUAUGUAUUACAAAACUUUAAAAAGGUUCAAAGUUUUUGACACGUUUUGAAAGAAAACCAGUAUGAGCAAUUAAAAUCUAACAGGAAUGUAAAGACCACUGCAAAUCGACUGCCGUGCUAUUAUUCCUGAAGGUCCGUUAAUAGCUGGAUUCACCAUAGUAAACUUACAAAACCCCAAUUAUACAACAACAGAAAAGUGUGCUUGUAGUCAAGCGCCGGACAGCGCGCAGCUACCAUUGUAUAAUUGCUUUAAGGACGCAACGUACUAGCAAUGUGUGUUGCUAUAGAGGCAACAGAGUCAGCAGAAUGUAUUACACUUUAUUAUUUAGUGUAUCCUUAUGGUGUUAUUUUGGUUUUGGAACAAAACAUACUUUUGCUUGUGUGGUUCUAAUACCUAAUUUAUGUUGGUAAUAUUUUGGCAAGAUGAGUAUUGGAAGUUUGAUGGCAUCCAAGUGUCAUCUUCUUGAAGCAAACCAUGCGUCUUAAUUUGAAGUUUGUUCACAAGCUGCACAAAUGUGUGUAUUGUUGUGAUAGUUGUAGUAUAGAACAAUAAAAUAGUGUAUUAUUUUUUCCCUUA